UUGAAUAGGUUAUGGAAGAGGUCGUGUUAUUAAAAGUUUUAUUUAAAAGUUUAUUAUAAUCACUUAAAAAGAUUUGAGAAAUGAUUACGAAUAAUUUAUUUAAAGAAUUAUCGAUUGAUUCGCAAGAAUUUAAAAAUCAUUGUUCUGUAAUAGCUUCCGCGAUUAAGAAUGGAGAAAAGCAAUUUAUAAACGCAAUAGAGGACUUACUACCAUUUCUAACAAGCUCCGUAAAAGAGGAACGACUCAAAGGAAUUUUAAUAAUAUCAAAUAUUUUAAAUGAUUUACCGAAUAUAAAAGAAUCUGAAUUAGCAGUUAUAACAAAUUUCUUUUGUGCAAGAUUACAAGAUCACCAUGAUAUUGUUCCUUAUGUUAUUAAAGGUUUAGUUAUUGUUUUAAACUCAAACCAGUUGCCUCAAGAUGCUUCGAAAGUUAUAUUAAAAUCAAUUUUUGAUAAUGUUCCUUGUCAACAACAACAACAAUCCGAUCGAUACAACAUUUAUUGCAUUUUUAAGCAAUUACAUGAAACCAAAAAAGAUGAAUUAAAAGAGAUGGGUUUAGAUUUAAUUUAUGGAAUUAUUACUUCUAUUGAUGGUGAAAAAGAUCCAAGGAAUUUAACUUUUCUUUUUGAAUGGCUAGAAGGGUUUUUAAAUGAUUACGAAUUGGGGCAUCUAAAAGAAGAAUUUUUUGAAGUUUUAUCUUGCUAUUUUCCUGUUGAUUUUCGAUCAAAUUCAGAAGAUGGUAUAACAAGAAAUUUGUUAGCUGAUUUAUUAUCAAAAUGUUUAUGUUCACCCGGUUUUGGAGAUUUUAUAAUUCCUUUAGCUUUAGAGAAAUUAGAUUCUGAUUUAGAAACGGCUAAAAUCGAUUCUCUCGAUGCUUUAGUUAUAGCAUCAAAUAGGUACCCAUCGAAUUUAUUGAUGAAAUAUAGCACAGCAAUUUGGGCUCCACUUCACAAAGAAAUUCUAUCUCCCCAAACAAAAAUUGUUGAAAAUAAAGCUUUAAAAGCUCUUUCAAGUUUUAUGAAGUGUGUGUGUAAAGAGAAAAGUGAUACUUUAGUUACAAAUUUGAUACGAUCCAUGAUUGAUAACGUUAAAGGGAAUUUAACUCCCGAUUCCAAGUUAUUUGAGCCGAGUUUAAAAAUUAUUUUGGAGUCGGCUUCAGCUUCAGAAAUGGUUUUAGAACAAAUUUUAAAAAACAUAACGCCGUUGUGGAUCGAUUUUUACAAAUUAACACCAAACGUUGAUUAUAAAACGAUAAUUUUAGACGUUUUGAGCGAUUUAAGUGUCAUAAAUUUCAAAAGCGAGGUUAGAAUUAGCACCUGUCAAAUUUUUGAAUUGUUGUUGACAGCUUUAAUGGCGGGAAAUUUGAAUUUAAAAUUGGAAUCUUUAAAAUGUUUUAAGAAAAUCGCCCAAUUUUGUCCGGAUAAUGUAAGAAAAGUUUUAUUUGAAAGCUUUAAUGUUUUAUUAAACGAAAUUGAUAUCGAUAAAGAAGUUUUGAUGGAUUGUUUUAAAGAAUAUGCAAAGUUUUAUCCCGAAGAAACCAAAAAUUUAAUUAUAUCGUUGAAGACAGGAAAAGUUGAUGUUUAUUUAAACGUUUUGGGUGGCGUUUUGAAUAUAAAAGAGCUUUUAUUGGUUUCUGUUGAAGAGUUGUGUUCUUUUACAUUAAUAAAUGACAAAGAAAUCUCUAAAAUAGGAUUAAACAUUUUUCAAAAAGCUUUAUGUGAAAGUGAAAAUAAUGGACUUGGAAAUUAUUUAAAUCAAAUCAAUUUUCCGUUAAAAUUAACAAAUUGGUUUCUAAUCGAUUAUUUAAGUGAGGAAAAUGAUCAAAAUCAUCAAUACGAUGCUGAUUUAAUGGAUAAUUUGUGGAUGAUUUUGUUUAAAAUUGUUUCAAAAUUAGAUAAAUAUGAACAAAUUAAAGUUUCCAAAGAAAUUUUCAAUGUUAUUCAAUUAAAACGAAUAGAGGACGUUUUUGUUAUUUAUUUUGGGAUUUUAAUUGGACUUGAAGAGGUUCAAAUAAACGAUGAAAAUUUUUUCAAAUCGAUUCUUAAAGUUGCUGUACAAACAGAAAAUAAUUAUGUUAAUGAAAUAUUAAGUAAAUUAAUUGGAAAUUUGGUGAAUAAGUCUCAAAAUGGUUAUGUUCAAUCGAUAAUUGGUGAAUAUUUAGAUUUAAAGUUGAAAUUAUUUAAUUCUGUGAAUAUUUUGAGUUAUUUUAUAAAAGGAUUGGUGUUAAAAAUGGAUUAUGAAAAUGCUUCUGGUUGGAUAUCAAAAAUUUUUGAGAUUUCCCAUGACAAUAACGAAGCUUGUAAAAGUUUCCAAAUUAUUUUAGAUGAAACAAUUCCGGGUUUUAACGAGUUUUGUUUUAUUAAUAAAAGGUUAUUAUACAAGCAAAAAUUCUUUUUGGAAGUUUUAAAACAUCUUGAAAUUAACUCGAAAUCACCUAAAAAUAUUAAUUAUUUAACGAUAUCGGCAUAUUUAUCUUUAGGAAUUCCCGAAAGUUUAUUAAACAAUCAUUUAAAUUCGGUUAUGAAAUGGAACAUUUUAUUUUUAAAUCAAUCUGAAGAUAACUUAACAAUAAAUUCCUUGGUCAUCUUAAUUAACCGACUCUUAAAGAGUAAAAACGUCGAUAUUUUACGUUUUAAAAACGAAUUAUUAAGAGCUUAUUUAAAAUUAGCAACACAAAAUCAAUCGAUGAAAAUUAGAAUAGAAGCUUUAAAAGGCGUUCGUGUUUUCACAGAAAUAUUCCCGAUUUAUGAGUUAGUAAAUGAAAAACAAGAAGUGAUAAGUUCUUUAAAUGUUUGCAUUGAUGAUCGUAAAAGGUUGGUAAGAAAAGAAGCAAUGGAAACGAGGUUAAAAUGGUUUUUAAUAGACUCGCCAACAUAAAAAAUUAAUUAAUUAAUAAAGUUAAAUAAUUACAAUA